GGGGGCCAGUUGUGGCCCACAGCUCGUUUUUUGUUGGCCCACUCCAUAUUGAAAAAUGAAUGAAUGAAUGAAUGAAAUGCAGCGUACGUGCGAGCAUUAGAACGUAGGACUAGGGCCACACUUAAAGGAACGUUAUGAGGGGAAAAGUAUAAAUAUUCCAAAAUUAUUUUAAUAAAAUUGGAAAUUGAAUAAUUAAAAAAAAAACAUGAGCCAGCACUUUUUAUACAAGUGAAAGACCAUUUAUUAUAUUUGACUUUGCUCCCCCCACCCAAAAAAAAACCACUGCGAAAAUGUGUUGGCUUUAUAAUUAAAUAAAUAAUACAAAAUAAAAAAAGAGUAAAUGUAUGUAUUUUUGUGUAACUGUGUUUAACCGCUUAGCUUACAGUAUCUUCACGUAUUGGAUUGGCUUUAGUUUAGUGUUUUCUAUAAACCGACGUGACCAAUAUCAAAGUGUUUCUCUCUGUGUCCGUCGGUGGAAAGCGUUUGGACACCCCCGUCCUAAAAGGCCGUGCUUGUGUUAUCUCUCUGCAAGCUCUGGCUGACAAGAAGAUGUUGACUCAAGGUGUUGCAGCGCUUCGGGAAUUCAAUUGAACGUUGACACGAGAACCGCCGCUCCAUUGGGAGACACGGGAAGUGGCAUCAAGCGUGAGGUUCUUCCUCACCUGUAGAAUGCUGAUGUCAUUCCGAAAAGGAGGAGUGUGAGAAGUUUCCAGAUUUUUUUUUUCUUUUUUUCCAUGGAACCAGCUCUGACUCCAAAGCCCAGAGUUGAAAGGUCAAGGCGCACGUGCAGGCUGACCUAGACGGACCUCUACUUGGUGCCACUGAUGGGAGGCGAUGAAGGGAGGGCCGUAGGAACCUCUUCCAUUAGGGGGACAUUACUGCGGGGACACCCUUUCACCGCGGCGGCGCGCCUCCGCGUCUCAGUGAGAGACAGCUUUGAACGCGCCUGCCAAGAUAAACUCACCUCGCCUAUUUAUGCCUCAGCCUCCAAGUGCACUCGAGACAGGAGAGUGUCGGCGGCGCGCAAGCAGGUUCCCUCUCUCGCGCAUACCGCGUGGACACUUUUACGCACCGGGAAUGGCGACUUUGGAGGACUCGGGCGUGAGUCCUGCACUUUUAGCACCAUUCUGAAGUAGAAAGUGUCACAGGUUCGAGUUGGAAUGCUGCUCCCAACGCUGCUAACGUGCCUCGCCGCGUGCGCCUUGCUCAUGACGCCGGGCUGCGAGGGCUGCGGGCCGGGUCGAGGUUACGGCAAGAGACGCUCACCCAGGAAGUUGGCACCGCUCGCCUACAAGCAGUUCAGCCCCAACGUGGCCGAGAAGACGCUGGGGGCCAGCGGGAGGUACGAAGGAAAGAUAACGCGGAACUCUGAGCGCUUCAAGGAGCUCACCCCGAACUACAACCCCGACAUCAUCUUCAAGGAUGAGGAGAACACAGGUGCAGACCGCAUGAUGACACAGCGCUGCAAAGACAAGCUCAACUCUCUGGCCAUCUCCGUGAUGAACCUUUGGCCCGGGGUUCGUCUGCGCGUCACCGAGGGCUGGGACGAGGACGGCCACCACUCCGAGGAGUCGCUUCACUACGAGGGUCGGGCGGUGGACAUCACCACCUCGGAUCGGGACAGGAACAAGUACGCCAUGCUGGCUCGGCUGGCGGUGGAGGCGGGCUUCGACUGGGUCUACUACGAGUCCAAAGCCCACAUCCAUUGCAGCGUCAAGUCAGACCACUCUGUGGCAGCCAGGUCUGGAGGUUGUUUCCCCGGCGACGCCUUGGUCACCGUGGAAAACGGCCCACCAAAGUUCAUGCGUGACCUGCGACCUGGCGAGCGAGUCCUGACCUUAUCUGGCAGCGACAGCGGUGCUGAACUGGCCUACAGCGAGGUCCUGACCUUCCUGGACCGUGACCCGGCAAGCCACAAGCUCUUCUACACCGUGCAGACGGAAGACGGGGCCCGCCUCUCGCUCACCGCCGCCCACUUGCUGUUUGUGUCGCAGGGUAACUGCUCAGAAGCCCGCGCCGCCCUGAGGACGGUGUACGCCAGCGACGCCCAGCCAGGCCAUUGUGUGCUUGUGACUGGCGGUGGACCAGGGAGGAGGCGUCUUUCUGGGAUCACAAGGAUCACGGUGACAAAGAGGAGGGGGGCUUUUGCCCCGCUGACAGCACAGGGAACGCUAGUGGUGGGCGGGGUGGUGGCGUCCUGCUAUGCGGUGGUGGACCAGCAUUCCUUGGCUCACUGGGCCUUCUCGCUACUCAGGCUGAUGCACAGCUGGACUGGCACCAGUGGUUACCGUGGUGACGGGGUCCACUGGUAUGCUGAGCUUUUACACUGGCUGGGGGGGAUUUUGCUGGACUCGGGACAGCUCCACCCACUAGGCGCCACUCUGGCCCACAGGUGAGGAUAAAAGUGAUCUGCUCGCUGUGAGGCGAAGAUGAGAACGUGUGGAUGAAGCAUCUUGGGAGCGCCGCCUGCUUUCAGAAAGACAAACUACAUUUCUAUGAUUGACUUUUAUUGUCCUUGAAGAUAUGAGUGGCUUUCUGGUCGUAUAUAAACAUGUAAACUGCUCGCUUGAGCUUCUAGAACGGGGGUGUUCUUGGUCUUUAUUGGGACCAGUACAAUCAAUCAAACUAAAAUAGAGCAAAAAGGCGUAAUGUAACGAGAAAAAGAAAUCCAAUGGAACCCUUAAGUCACCGUCCCUGAGAUGACCGCCUGGCUGUCUCAUGUCGGAAAUAGCCACUGCUUGCACAUUUACCUCUGGCUUUGGCCGGAGACAGAAGGAAAAUGGCCGAUAAGAAAGGAUUUUUCAACCUAAUUAAACACAAAUGAGCACUUUGGCUCUCAAAUUUGAUGUACGACAAUUUUUUUAGUCUUAAGAAGAACAACGUUGACCAGGACUUGAUGAGGUGGUCGGCUUAGGUGUCGACAUAAACGGGAUGAACAUAAACUAUUAUAUCAUAUUUUGAUGACCGAAAACCAGGACACACGGCCCGGCAAGGAGAUAAUAUGCAAAGCUGGCCGGUACUCAAAUAUGCCUUAUCGUUUCGGUAUAUUUCAAGUAUGGACAUAAAAUGUUGUACUGUAUAAUAAAAUACCAUCUAUUACAAAAACCACACAUUCCAAAGGGAGAACGUUCAAAAACCGGCAUGAAAAUGAUUCCAAAAACAGAACAAGACAAGAACCUGAGGUCAAAGUCUUAUUACGUUUUGGAAUGUGACCAAUAUUUUCUGGGAAAAGUUGGGAAUUUGAACCAUUGUUGUGCACGGCAUCCUCAAUUUAAUGAGACGUCAACUCGUCAAGCGUCAGAGGAUUAACUCCGCGCAUUUCUAUUUGGAAACACCGAUCAAAAAUGGCGGCAGUGGAGUCUCUCGGGGAUUACGUCACAACAGAGUGGCCUAAUGCUGCUCAAUUUAAUGUUCCAACUAUGAAAACUAGAACAUUUUCAUCACUUUCUACACAGAAAAAAACUAAACAGAGCUUUUGGUCAUCCUACUUAAACGGCCUCCAGUGUAAUAAUAAUAACAAUAAUAAUAAUAAUAAUAAUAGGCUUUGUCGCCAAUGACACAGAGCUGACACAAGCUCGUGUCUUUAAAUGCAGUAUACAACGUAUUUUAACAAAUGAAAAACAUCAAAAGAAAAGUGUGGACACCCCUGCUGUAGAACAAUGAGGUCAUUUUAAAAAUGUCUUGAGCGAAAGUGAGCUCCUACUAAAUAAGCGGAGUUGCACACUCCAGCAUGAUUCCUUUUGUAAAAUCUUUGUGACAUAGAAAGGCCUUUGUAGCACAAAUUGUAUGUAUUUAAGCGUUUCUUAUUGAGAGAAAGUAAAUAUGAAGUUGUAGGGUGAAAAUAUUUAUUUUUUUAAAUAA